UCCGAGGAUGGCUAACUUGAGGUAUGAGGAGGGGGGAGGGAGGAAUGGAUUACGGGGCAAGCGGUAUUGAAAAAUUUAUUCGCGCGGAUUAUACCAAUCAUCCAUUCAUCUACCAACGGGGGGUGGUUAUUCGGGGAUUGUUGCACUCUUCUUUUCUUGCUGUUUUACUGUAACUAAAACCUGCGGUCUCGCUAUAUACCCCCCAACGACGCAACGCCGCACAACCUACGCAUGAGUACGAUUUUUGCUUUCUGCUAUCCUACUCGAUACUAUCCACGUAUAUAUACGAUCUACUGAAAACUUGGAGAAGUUAUGAAGUUUUUGUUUGAAUACGUACGUACAUAUCAUAUCAUCGUAUCUAGGGUGUGGGAUUUUUUGCUCUUUUUCCUUCUUUUCUUGAUCAUUUGGUUAUAUGUAAUGUGGGAUAUGCGUGCAUCUAUGGGUUUAGCAAUAGCAUGGUGCUCGGGGAAGAAUGUAUAUGCGGUCAUGGUGGUUUUGGAAUCCUUCGGGGCUGCGAUUUUGUAUGUAUGUACGUUAACGCCGAUUCGAAGCAUGUCUACCUCUCAUCGUGGUUGAAUUGAUAUGUACAUCACCUCUAGUUAGGCCGAGUUAUUUUCUCUGUGUCUAGGAUCUUGUAUCUAAGGUAAUGUACGAGGCUAAUUAAUAGAAACGUGGGGGUUUUUGAAACCCCGUAUAGCCCGUAUUUUACUACUAGUUUACUUAUUUUAGUCUCCUAACAAAUGUGUUAAGUGUGUUAGGGUGACGAUGAUCUGGAGUAGUAGCACUUGAACUUGUAGCUUUAGCCGCAGAACAUGCCCCACCAACCCACUUCAAGUACAUGCCUCGGUACCUAGGUACCUUUUAGACUUAUAGAGAGGUACAUAUUCCGGUGGGGGGUUUUCUUAGCUCCGUAAUCCUUCUUAUGUGAAGUCAUACAGGACAGGAG